UACUCUUCAUUCGUCGAGGGUGAAAAUGGGCAGCAGUCAAGCGGCGGUGUCGUUCUUGACCAAUCUAGCGAGAGCGGCGUUCGGUUUGGGCGCAGGUGUAACCAUUCUGAAUUCAUCCCUCUUCACCGUCGAUGGAGGCCAACGAGCGGUCCUCUUCGAUCGAUUCAGGGGAGUACUGGACGAGACUGUGGGAGAGGGCACCCAUUUUUUGGUCCCAUGGUUGCAGAAGCCCUACAUCUUCGACAUCCGUACUCGCCCACACACCUUCUCAUCCAUCUCCGGCACCAAAGACCUCCAGAUGGUCAACCUUACCCUGCGAGUCCUCUCUCGCCCUGUUGUCCCAAGCCUUCCAACUAUCUUCAAGACCCUCGGUCUCGAAUACGACGAGAAGGUCCUCCCUUCUAUCGGUAACGAAGUCCUCAAGGCAGUCGUUGCCCAAUUCAACGCUGAUCAGCUUCUCACCGAGCGUCCCCAUGUUUCUGCCCUCGUCCGCGAGAGCUUGAUUCGUCGCGCUAAGGACUUCAAUAUCGUCCUCGACGACGUUGCCAUCACUCACCUCUCCUACGGCGCCGAAUUCUCUAAGGCCGUUGAGCAGAAGCAGGUGGCCCAGCAGGAGGCGGAGCGGUCCAAGUUCAUUGUGGCCAAGGCCGAACAGGAGAGGAGAGCUGCCAUUAUUAGAGCCGAGGGAGAGAGUGAGUCCGCUAAGUUGAUCUCCGAUGCCACCGCAGCUGCUGGGAUGGGUCUGAUUGAAUUGAGGAGAAUUGAGGCUUCCAGGGAGGUUGCUUCAACCUUGGCCAAGUCCCCGAACGUCGCUUACCUUCCUGGUGGCAAUAACAUGCUUCUUGGCCUCAACCCUUCUAUGACUCCUGGCCGUUGAUCAUGGUGAUUCAUGAGAUUAUCGAACCAUGACUCCACAGCAUUGUUGAGAUUCGUCUUCAUGCUUUGCUUUGCUUACUCCAUGGGAGCUUUCUUGCUUACUAUUUUGCAUGUUUCAUCCUUGUAUUGAUUUCCCUGUGGAACUUUUGGAUGGAUAAUGUUUACAGAUUAGAAUUUCGUUAGUGGCAAGAGUACCCGAAAUUUUAUUUGAGAUUGAUCAGGUAACUCUAAUAUUUAUCAUUUUGAAUUCAGGCUUCUAGUGGACCUUUGAAAUUUUAUUGUUGGAAUAACAAUGAACAAGAGAGA